CGCUGCCCCCCUUUGGCAUCUGGCAUUCACUCUCCCUGUCCUCUUCCGAAGCCGCCGCUCCCAUCGCAUUCGCUUUCCCCCCUUGUCGUCGGCGGCGGCAGCAGCAAUGUCUCCUGCUCCUGCCUCCGCCCGCGCUCUCACCGUGGACUCUCUAAACCCGAAGGUUCUGGCGCUCGCGGAUCACUUCGGGGGAGCCAUUGCCCGCCGCGCGCAGCGCAUGCAAGAAGUGCUAGAAAAAGAUCCAGGUUCAUACCCUUUCAAUGAGAUAAUCUAUUGCAACCUUAGCAAUCCACAUUCCCUUGGACAACAGCCAAAUAAGUUCUUCCACGAGGUUCUUGCCUUGUGUGAUUACCCACAUCUUCUACACUGGAGUGUAACUAAUUCCAUAUUCAGUCCUGACGCAAUAGCAAGGGCAAGGGAGAUUCUAGAUCUUAUUCCUGGGAGAGCAACAGGAGGAUACAGUCACUGUCAGGGUACUGAAGGUCUGCGCAAUACAAUUGCUGUUGGAAUAGCCUCUCGUGAUGGUUUCCCGUGUUACGCAGAGGACAUUUUCCUAACAGAUGGAGCGGCCCCACCGGUUCAUAUGGUAAUGCAACUAUUGAUACGAGGUGAAAAAGAUGGCAUCCUUUGCCCAGUUCCAUCACACUUUCUGUACACAAGUUCCAUGGUGCUGUGUGGUGCAACUCUUGUACCAUAUUAUCUUGACGAGUCUGGAGGUUGGAGUGUGAGCAUUUCAGACCUGAAGAAGCACCUGGAUGCUGGCCGAUCUGAGGGCAUCACCGUAAGGGGACUUGUGGUUGUAAAUCCAGGCAACCCUACUGGACAGGUUCUCGUGGGGGAAAACCAGUGUGAAAUAGUGGAAUUCUGCAGGAGUGAAAACCUUGUUCUUAUAGCAGAUGAGGUUUACCAAGAAAAUGUUUACACAGAUGAAAAGAAAUUUAACUCUUUCAAGAAGAUAGCACGGUCCAUGGGUUACGGGGAAGGAGAUAUAUCUCUUAUAUCGUUCCAUUCGGUUUCUAAUGGGUACUAUGGAGAAUGUGGGAGAAGGGGGGGUUACAUGGAGGUCACUGGCUUCAAUUCUGAAGUUCGGAAACAAAUGUAUAAAGUGGCAUCCCUAAGUGCAUGCUCCAACAUCUCCGGCCAGAUCCUCAUGAGCCUAGCCAUGAACCCACCAAUGGCCAUGGUGCAGACAUUCAACAGCUUCGAAGGCAUGACUUGCAGCAAGGCUGAAGGAGCAAUGUUUGUAUUCCCAUCUGUUCGACUGACUAAAAAGGCUAUUGCAGCUGCUGAGGCAAUGAACACCAAACCAGAUGUGUUCUACGCUCUCCGCCUUCUUGAAAGCACUGGGAUUGUUGUUUUACCUGGUUCUGUGUUUGGACAAGUACCUGGCACAUGGCAUUUCAGAUGCACAAUCCUGCAACCGGAGGAGAAAGUACAACUGUUCAUCUAUCGCUUUAAGGCAUUCCAUGAAGCUUUUAUGGGAGAAUUUCACGAUUAAAAGUCCAUCUUAUUGUAUGUGUCGCAGAACUUAGAAAUCUGGACAGAAAAAACAUGAUCUUUGUAACUGUCAAGGACAUAAUUUAUAUCUGGAACUCUUGAGUUUUUCCUUC